UGCAGCUGAUGGUGUGCCGCUCACAGCGCUGCGGGACGGAGUCUGAGCGCAGCUCCGCGGUCAGCAUGAGGAGGAUGAGGAUGGAUUAGAACCGAUGAAGAAUGAUGGUGUUUUUAUCAGAACAUUCACGUUCAUGACAGCAGGAGUGAUUUAUUCCUGUCUGAUGCAGGACUCAAGGACAUUGAGAGGUGAUAAUUUGACCUGGAUGUUGCGGCGGCUCAAAUACACGGAUCAGUUACUCACAACUGCACAAGAAACAAACAAUAAAAGUGAGCUUCUUCCAUUUCAACAUAAAAGACAAACUCAGAGCAUACCAAAUCAACCUCACUCCUGUCGGACACUAUCUAGUGUGUUAUUUUGAGGGUUCAUGUCGUGCUGGCCGCUCGUGUGGAUUGUGAUGGGUUGUAUUCAGAGUAUCAGGUGUAAACCCAAGAGUUUCCGGGAAAGCAUCGUGGUUCUGGAGGUGAACUCGUCCAUUGACUCGAACCCCACCAGCAUCGACGAGUCCUCCAGCGUGGUGCUGCGCUACCGCACGCCGCAUUUCCGCGCGUCGGCUCGGGUGCUGGUGCCGCCGGUGGCCGCUAAAGAGAGCUGGACGAUCGGCUGGAUUCAGGCGUGCAAUCACAUGGAGUUUCACAACAAAUACGGAGCCAGAGGGAUGUCGAGCUGGGAGCUCCCGGAUCUUCGAGAUGGAAAGAUCAAAGCUAUCAGCGACUCGGACGGCGUCAACUACCCAUGGUACGGCAACACCACCGAGACGUGCACCGUGGUGGGACCCACCAAGAAGGACACCAAGUUCACCGUCAGCAUGAAUGACAAUUUCUACCCGAGCGUGACAUGGGGCGUGCCCGUCAGUGACAGUAAUGUACCCAUGCUGAGCAGCAUCUGGAGGGACCAGAGCUUCAUCACGUGGCUGGUGGCCAUCAACCAGGCAUCAGGUGAGAUCCUGGUGCUGCAGACAGUGCGCUGGCGCAUGCGUUUGCAAAUCGAGGUGGAUUCGGACAAACCACUUGGCCAGAGGGCGAAGCUGCGCGAGCCGAUAGCCCAGGAGCAACCGCAGGUGCUCAGCAAGAAUGAACCCAUCCCACCCAAUGCCAUGAUCAAACCCAAUGCCAACGAUGCUCAGGUCCUGAUGUGGCGCCCCAGGACUGGUGACGCGGUGGUGGUCAUCCCGCCCAAACAGUGAACCACUUUUCUAAUGAGAUUGAGUACAAAUAAACACUUGCUUCCGUUGAUAUGAAGGGUCAUGAAUCUGAAACAAAGUGCAAACAAACCGCUCUACCUGCAGACUGGCUCGGGAUCACUGUGCUAAAAGAGAUUUUUAUGCUUUUUUAUGUUGUUUGGGAAUAUUGUUUUAUAGCCAUGCAUUAUAAUAACUGGCUAACUGGAAUACAUGUGCACAUAUGGCAAGCCGAAUUGACAUAAUCAUGUGCAGGAAAUGAAUUGUAGAUAUCUGUAAUAAAAUGUUCUCUAGUUAAAAUGCUAAUUCUUGAUACUAGCAAUGGAGUUACUAUUAGUAAAAAUGCAACUUUUGAUAUCAUUUAUUAGGUGUGCACUAGUAAAAAUGUUAAUUCUUGAUAAGAAAACUGAUGUCUUUACUCGCAAAAAUGCAAAAAACAAAAAAACAAACAAAAAAAAAAAGUACAAAAAUGAUUCCUGAUAUCAGUAAUUGAAUUUUCACAAGUAAAAUUUCACAAUGAUCUGUCAUUCCCUUCUGUUCAAAAUGCAAUUACAGAUAUAUUUUAUUUAUUUCAUACUAGUUGAAAUUCUAAAUACACAUAUUAGUUAUGUAAAUUAACUUGAACAUGUUAGAUUCAGUAUUUCAGAUAUCUGGAAAUGGAUUCAAGAUAUCAUUAAAUUGAAGAGUAAUUAAAUAAUUAAUUUCAAUAAAGCUUUCUUAGCAGUUACAAUCACAUUUUAAACAUCAGAUAUUAACAUUGUUACUAGUGAAAACCAAAUAACCAAUAUAAAAAAUGACCAUUUUUACUAGUUGUAAUUCAAUUGUUGAUAUCAGGAAUGGACAUUUGCACUUGUAAAAAUGUAAUGUCAUUGAUCUCAAAAAGGAUCAUUUUUACUAGUGAGAAGUGCAUUGCUGAUAUGUGCAUUUGGAAUUUCAACUAGUAAAAACAUUCAUUAUAGAUAUCUGUAAUUGUGUUUCAAACAGAAAUGAAUGACAGAUCAUUGCAAAAUUGCAGUUACAGAUAUCAAACAUAAUGUUUUUACUAAUGCAAACCUUAUUUCUGAUUUAAAAAAAAAAUGGCAUUAUCAUUAGUAAAAAAUCCAUUCCCGAUUUGAAGAAUUAACGUUUUAACUAGUGACAAUUGAAUGAUAGAUAUCUAUAAUUCAUAUCCUGCUCGUGACUAAAUGUCAAAGGGGCUAGCGAUAGUGCAUGUUUAUAUGCGAGUCAUAUUUAAUAUUGUGGCAUAUUUCAAAUGAAAAGUGUCACUUUUUGACGUCAAACAUGCAGGACAUUGGAUUCACGCUGCCUUAAGUUUACAUUGCUUU